AACCAUAGAGAUUAUCUGGCAAGUGGUGGCAACUAAGGUCUCAGCCAACUAAGUGGAAAUGGAGAGCCAGAGUUACUUCAAGGCUUUGAUUAUUAUUCUUAUAGCACUAAUUGGAUCAACUCAAGCUCAGUUGCAGCUUGGUUUCUAUGCCAAAAGCUGUCCAAAGGCUGAGAAAAUAAUUUUGAAGUAUGUUGUUGAGCAUAUCCGAAAUGCUCCAUCACUAGCAGCUGCUCUCAUAAGAAUGCACUUCCACGAUUGUUUUGUCAAUGGUUGUGAUGGAUCAGUGCUUGUGAACUCAACACAAGGCAAUCAAGCUGAAAAGGAUUCUCCUCCAAAUCUUACUCUUCGAGGCUUUGGCUUCAUUGACACAAUAAAGAGUGUUGUUGAAGCUGAAUGCCCUGGUGUAGUCUCUUGCGCUGAUAUCCUGGCUUUGACUGCCAGAGACUCUGUUCAUUCCAUUGGUGGACCCUAUUGGAAUGUUCCAACAGGUCGAAGGGACGGGGUAAUCUCUAAAGCAGAAGAGGCAUUGCUUAGCUUGCCUGCUCCAUUUCACAACCUCACUACCCUCCUAACACUCUUUGGCAAUGUUGGACUUGAUGUAAACGACCUUGUCUUGCUUUCUGGUGCUCAAACGAUUGGUGUUUCUCAUUGCUCAUCAAUUGCAACCCGAUUAUACAAUUUUACUGGCAAGGGUGACACUGAUCCAACUCUAGAUAAUGAAUAUGCAAAAAAUCUUAAGACCUUUAAGUGCAAGAAUAUCAAUGACAACACCACACUUAUUGAGAUGGACCCGGGAAGUCGGAACACAUUUGAUCUUGGUUAUUUUAAACAAGUGGUUAAAAGAAGGGGUUUGUUUCAAUCAGAUGCUGCAUUGCUUGAAAGUUCUACCACAAGAGCUAUUAUUGCCAGACAACUUCAAUCAACUCAAGGAUUUUUUGCAGAAUUUGCCAAGUCCAUGGAAAAAAUGGGACGAAUUAAUGUCAAGACCGGAACAGAAGGAGAAAUAAGGAAACAAUGUGCACGAGUAAAUAGCUAAGAAUUUGUUGGGAAUGACUCGACCCAGUGCAACUUCUAUGUUUGCUUUUUAACACUUUAGUUUUGGUUUCGUUAUUUAUGUUAUGCCAAUGGUUUUUUGAUGUAUGAGAUACCUUAUGGUUAUGGUUUGAUUGUUUUACCAAGUGGUGUGGGAAAGAUUUGAGAGUGAUUUCCAUGCUUGAAGGGAAAUCAUGUUAUGGUGGUAAUAAGAAGUUGAAUUGAUCAUGAGAAGUUGUAAUACACAAUUGUGCAAUAAAGUCUUCUCUUUUACGUUGGAAAUU